UUCACACGGUGAUGGUAGUAGUGUUGAUCUGUCAGGACAUCCAUAACAAUUCCAAAGUGGCGGUCAUUGCUGUGCGUCGAAAGCAGUUCCACCUUCCGUGUGUGAUUGGAGCAAGAAAAUGAUAAUCCCGAAGGAGGUGCAGUGUAGAACCUGCCUGCAGGUUUUCUGCUGCGCCAAGUGCAGGCAGAAGCACGAAGAUGGAAACCAUCAGGAAGACGCCAUGUUACGUAAAAUUUGCUACAUAUGCAAUGAUAGACCGUUCCCGUUACGGAAGGACACCAAAAUCACUCCGAACAAUUUGCUCAUUGUGCACAUAUUGAAGGAACAUCUGCCACUGGAAUGCAAUCGAUGUCGAAAGGUUUUCUAUUCAUUGGCCGACUUUCAGAACAAAAACAAAUGUUUCUUGUUUUGCGAGAAUGCCUCAGAAAAGCAAGACGAGUGCCAUCUCGAAAGCACCAGAACCGUUGACACAGGUGCCUUGGUCCCAACAACUGGUGAUGAAAAUAAAGAAAACAUUAGAACCGACCAAUCGGACGACCGUACGGAUAUGGUAAAAACUCGCGCACGAAGAAAGAGUAGUCUUGUGCCGGGCGAUUUUGCCGAGCCGGCCAAUAAAAUUGACGAGGUUGACGAAGCAUUGCUAACCCCACUGACAAAGAUCAAUCUGCGUUGGAAACGAAAAAGCCGCCAAAGCUUCGAAAGCAUGCUCUCCAUGACGAACAAUACAUCUGAGGUGAAUGCUUCCGGGAUGCUACGGAUGGAUGGACCGGGUGGAGCCGGUUCGAGGAAGUUGGUUCGUACCACCUCAACACCCAUGUACCAGUGGCAACUAAUGCCGACGGGACCGAAGCAACCGAAUGAAUCCUACUCGGCCACGUUGGGUCAGAUGUCAAGCAUUCACUGUAGCAGUGGCAGCGAAACGGACAGCCGUACGGAAGAUAUCGGUGCAUCACCCUUGGUACCGAACGAACUGGACAAGGUGCGGGCCAUCAUACGCAAUCGCUCGAAAGCGGUCGCGACACCGCUACGGCAGGUGAUGUCGAAGAGCAUACAGCGCGCCAUUGCACAGCAUACCGGGGUGGGCAGCGUAUACUCGAAGAUGCUCCAACCGGGCACUCAGCGUAAAAUGAGCUUCAACUCAACGAUGAGCAGCGGUAUGAACAGUAUGAUCGCGUCGCCGGCAAAAGAUCCACUCGAUCUACGUACUACGCCGGCGCUGAAGCGAACAGGCAGUGGAAUGGCGGCUCGAUCGAUCCAGGCUCAACGCAUGGUACGAUCGGGUGAUCCGGGUCGUGAAACGGUUCAGCUAGCACUGCCCGCUACGGUCGGAGAAGCGGUCCAUGGGAAUUCCGUUCUAAAUCAGAAUUCAACCGAAGGCUCCGAGUACUACGAAACGCAUCGCGAUAUGGAAUCACUGCAAGCGAACGCAUUGGUAGAGCUGGAAAAUCGGGACAAUCGGCUCAUUCUACACUCCGCCGAUAGCUAUCCGGUUACACCAAAACCGAGCGGGACAGCAUUGAAGAAAGUGAUUUCCUUCCAAGCGCUUCACGAGAUGAAAAAGAAAGAGGACGAACAAAACGAUUCGACCGACGACAUCUGGGGCACACCAUGCGGUGGUAUUCCAGCCCGCAGCUACAGUUGUUCUGCCGUUGGACUUGGCGACACGUUCAAAGCCUACGAUGCGUCGGUCGAGGAUGCGGAAGACGAAUCCGGAACGGACGAUGUGUUUUAUCCGGCACCAGUAAAGGGACGUCCCAACAUACGGGAAGGCAAAUGUUUCCCGGAUGAACUGCACACGAAGUGCGAGAGCAAAGAAAAGUCACAGGAAGUAAUCAGCACUGGCAGCAGCAAACUGUGGUCGAUCGUGUCGAACGUCAUUCGUUUAGCAUCGCGCAGUGACAUACAGGAAGAACAUAGCGCCACCGUUGGCAGGUCGAAUUCGGCUUCAGCGACCACUACGAGUACGGGCGGUGGUGGACUAAUACAGCGGGCUGCGUCUUUUGCAGAUUAUCUUAAGCACCGUUACACCCGAUCGGACGGUGGUAUAACGCGCACGUCAUCCUCCGGUUCGGAUGAAUAUCGCCUGUCGUAUGUCGGUAAAAAGCGGCGUCGUGUAACGUCUACCAAAACUCAGCCAUACGUGCCGGCGAUGGUUGCGGAAUCGUUACCGGAUUCAAAGCUGCAGUACAGUCCGGUCGCAAAACGGAAGCGCAUCCAGAGCCGCCAACCGAUUCAUCGGUUGCGCAACGCGAGCAGCGAAAGCGCAGGCAGUGAAAAUGGCCCCACCGGGAGGUAGUACGACCAGGCGACAGACCAGAGUGACCGUAUAUAAUUUUGUACAUGAUUGGUUUAUUGUUUUUUAUUUUUUAUUUCUAUGAUCUGUAUUACAUUUAGGGAAGAUUGUUAUAUGUGCGCCAUUAGAUGGAAAAGGACGAAGAAAAAAAAUAUAAUUUUUGAAUGUCGUAACACAUUCGCGUUUUGUUUUAGUAGUUUUAUUUUCGUGUGACAUUUGCCAACCAACCCUAGUGGACAUCUUGCCACGAUAAAGAACUAGACAAUAUAUUUAGUACAUGAGUAUGCUUCUAAUGCGAAUAAAUAGAGAUUCGGAGUCACAAAAGACAAUACAAUAUUUUGCCCCUGUACUUUCGGUACGACGAUUAUGAAAUAAAACGGAAGACAUUAAACUG